CGUGACCUUCACAGGCGCAUGUUUCUUGUAGGCGCAGCGCGUUGGAUGUCACACUGGCGCAGCUGGGAAGGUAAACUGGCACACUUUUACGCGUAAGUGGGUGAGUCCUUGUCUCUGACCAUGAGUGUGCUUAUCGAUCGUGUCAAGAAAACCCCUAGACCCCCUCUGCCUAUAAUGUUAUGCAGUAAAGUGGUAGUCUGCAUCUUGCCUGUGGCACAGAUAGCCAUUGGUGCAGCGUACUUAGAUGAGUGCCCCAAGGAGCACUACAUCCCCAUCUACCUGGUGGUGAUAGGGGUGUGCGGUCUGAUACUGGCCAUCCUGGCCUGUCUGCCCUGUGCACAAGACUCCCCAGAUGGGACAACCAGCCCCCUUCACCGCCUGUGCACAGCCUGGAACUCCCUUUUGUCCGCCUUUGUUUCCUGCUGGUUCAUUGCUGGUAACGUGUGGAUUUACCGUAUAUAUGAGCCUAACUAUGUGAAGAAUGCAACCAUAAUUGACACAUACUGCAAUAAGACGCUGUACCUGUUUGCAUUCUGGACCACCACCCUGGCCUACAUCCUGCUGGGGGCGAUAUUGGUGGGAGGCUGCUGUGUGCUCUGCUGCUUCUGCCUGUGUGGGCGCGCUGAUCCAGACGACUGAGCUCAGAGCUCCAGAGUGAUGUGAUGUUCAUGAAUUUUUCCUUAAUAUGAACCUUCCUUAGUAUCUCAACCAACUCUUUUUCUCUCCAAUUUGUAUGCAUUUUCACACUGAAUAAAGCUGAAGCAACACAAUAAUCAGCACAGAAGCAGAGCAGGCAAUGUGAGAAUGUGAGAACUUUGUGCAUUAAAAAAAUAAAAAAUAAAAUUAUAUUCAUCACCUUAAUGGUGCACUACGUAACAUUUGAGGGUCUGAUCCCAAUGAGAUGCUAUUGCUUUGCCUGUAAUCUUCCACAAUAUGGUAUUAAACUGCAUUUAUUCUUAUUAUAUUUGUGGAGUGUGCUUGUCGUUAUGGAGACUAAUAAGUUUAAUGCCAUAUUUCAGAACAUUGCAGGCAAAGCAAUAACAUCUCCAUGGAGAAACUGGUUGACCCUCUACCUUAAAAGUUCCACAGUGCACCUUUAAUAACAAUUCAUUUUUUAUCAUUUUGGUAAUGCAACAUUUUAUUUAGAAUUUCAUAAUUAAACACACUCUCACUCUCAGUUUGAACCAUUUUGAACAAACCUCUGCCUUGGUCUGUUUGUAGUUAAAUUAGUUCUCACAUUCUCUUCUGUUAUAUAAUUAAAUGUAGAAAGAGCCAAUCUUUUGAAUGCCUCUUGAAAUGAACUGAUCUAAAAAGAAUUCGGAUCUCACAAAGGAGCCAAAAGUCUCUGCCCUACUCUAGACCUUCUCUUGCACAAGAAUGAGACACUUCAAGUUAUCGACUUGUUUGUUUACAUUUUUCAGACGAUGAUUUUGUCACUUUGAAAAUGUACCUCAUCCAAUUCACUAUCAGGUGAAAGGCCAACUAAAGUAAUCAGGUAAUGUUUUUCACUACAUAGACACUGGACGCUUAAGAGUAUAUUAUAGCUCUUUAUUAUCAGUCAAUGUAAGUCUGUUUUACAUUCACAUGAUUCGAAUAUUAUUUAAAUAGUCGGGAAGAUAUUCUUUAACCCAGUCAUUUGCAUAUUUUAUGUAUUAUCUUCUGCUCAGGAAUCAUGAUGUUUUUAACUGAAAUGUAUCCCUUCCUAAUUUUCCCUUCCUUCAUUGCCUUGUUUGAUCAGUGCAAUUUUAAACCCAUUUUAAUCAAAUUUAACUACUUUUGUCAAACAUACAAAUAAUACACACAUAGACAUAUUUUGUACUGUUUAUGAAAGCUGAGAAAAGAUUUUGUACCUAUGUGUUCUUACCUGUUUAUUCAUUUCCUUGUUCCUCCUUUGUAAUAAAAAGCACUUUUUAAAGUAA